GGAGAGCAUCAUAUUGAAUAUCUUUACCUACCAACUUGUGCUUUAACUAGAGAUUUUGAUCUUUGAGAGAUCUUUGUUUGUAAUCCUCUUCUUGUGCUAUUAGUGAGUGAUCUUGGGGGUGUGUUGAUUCCUUCAAGAGUGAUCUAUAGAGAGGAUCUUUGGGGUUUAAGUGUGAAGGGGUGAGAUUUGAGAGAAACACCCUUCUUUUUGUAAAGGAUUGAGUGCCUCCUUUAAGCCACCAUUGUUUUUGUUAGUGGAGAGUGUGGAGGAAUCCUUGGUUUAUCUACCACUGAGCCUCCUUUUUUUGAUGGUACUAAUUAUAAUUAUCGGAAGAAUAGGAUGAAGGUCUUCAUGCUUGCAAAUGUGCCCAAGGCAUGGAUUGUGACUAUGAAAGGUCCAUAUGUGCCUAUGAAAGUAGUUGGGGAAAGUGAGUUGCCAAAGGAAGAAGUUGAAUGGAAUGAUGAAGACUUGGUGAAGAUCAUGAUCAACAACAAAGCAAUCAAUAUGCUUCAAUGUGCUCUCAAUCCAACGGAAUUCCAUAGAGUAUCCGGAUGUGAUAUGGCCAAGGAGAUGUGGGACAUGUUAGAGGUAACACAUGAAGGAACAAGCCAAGUGAAGGAGUCAAAAAUCAAUAGACUCAUUUACAUGUAUGAGCUUUUCAAGAUGAAACUGGAAGAGAGCAUUCAAGAUAUGCAUACAAGAUUGAAUGAUAUAGUCACCAAUCUCAAGGCUCUUGUGCAAAAGGACACUUUGCCUAUGUAUGUCCUUUGAAGAGAUUAAUAGCUCAAGAUCUGAAGAAGUUUGGAGAGCAUUAUAUUGAAUAUCUUUACCUACCAACUUGUGCUUUAACUAGAGAUUUUGAUCUUUGAGAGAUCUUUGUUUGUAAUCCUCUUCUUGUGCUAUUAGUGAGUGAUCUUGGGGGUGUGUUGAUUCCUUCAAGAGUGAUAUGUAGAGAGGAUCUUUGGGGUUUAAGUGUAAAGGGGUGAGAUUUGAGAGAAACACCCUUCUUCUUGUAAAGGAUUGAGUGGCUCCUUUAAGCAACCAUUGUUUUUGUUAG